AUGACGUCACUGCCAGAAAACUUUGGGGUGACCAGCAGUUAAAUUUCACCGCAGCCAGAUCAAAGUUUAAUAAACUGGAAAAGACUCAGUUGAAGAAGACAAAGUCACUCAGAGGCAAUUUUCUUCCUAAUGACUUAUCGACGAACGUCCGCAUAACCGCCAGAGGACCCCAUGAUGAGGCGUGUUUUUUUCUAAAUAGCGGUAUCCGGAAAUCCCAGAGGACUUGGUCACAUGAUGUCUUGGUUAUAUAUAUAAGAGAUCUGGUCACCUGGUGCUGCACUACUCAAUACAACAAACUAGUCAGGAUGGUUUCGUCAAAAUCUAUUUGUGCUGUCAUUUUAAUGCUGAUGGCAACGACGCUAUGUUUUUGCGAAUUUCGGGUCGCAAGGCAAGCAGCAUCCAGUUGCGGUGCCGGGGCCCAGUGCAUUCCCCUGAGAUCCUGCCCCUCGAUUGUAAACUUGCUGCAGGUCCCAACGACGAGCAACCUGCUGAGGGUUAGGGAAGCCCUUUGUGAGAACAGAAGGGGAAACCUGAGGGUAUGUUGCAAUUCGCCAUUGACAGCCGCACCUACUCCGACUACCGUUGCAGAAGGCGCCUUACCUGCGCGGUGCGGAAUCUCACUUUCCUCAAACAGGGUGUUCUUUGGUGAAUUUCCUCCCAUCGGGGCUUACCCUUGGAUGGCUGUUCUUGGUUAUAGAUCUGGUGCUAAUGGAGGUGUGGAGUGGAAAUGUGGAGGCGCCCUCGUCAAUGAGAGAUACGUCCUCACGGCUGCCCAUUGCGUUCUACCAGACCUGCCAUUAGAGGAAAUACGUCUUGGAGAACACAACUUAGAAACUGUCCCUGACUGCACCGACUCCAUUUCGGGGAACAGGAACUGCGCCCUUCGUCAUCAGUCGUUCAAGGUCACCUCAAGGUCGCAGAUUAUAUCUCAUCCUAAUUUCGACACUCGAACACCUGUCAGUGACGACAUCGCGCUCAUUAGGCUGGACAGAAAGGCAACUCUUAACAAUUUCGUUCAGCCCAUCUGUUUGCCUGACGCUCAGUUCACCCCGAAGUCGUUUUUGGGGAACCAGGAGGCCAUCGUAGCAGGGUGGGGCCGAACAGAGCAAGGCUUCGAUUCCAAUAUUUUGAAAAGGACCAAUAUCCCGCUCGUGGAGAUCGAGAGGUGUCAACCUCUUUAUAACGUUAGAUUAAAUGCCGACCAGCUCUGCUUUGGGGGAGUUGGGCGGAGAGACAGUUGCAACGGGGACUCCGGGGGACCUGUCUUCCAGGCUGACCCAAGGGGCAUCAGCUAUUUGAUUGGUAUCGUGUCCUUUGGCAAUCGCUGCGGGGAAGACCCUGCUAUCUACACGAACGUGGUACCCUACAGAUCAUGGAUCAUCCAGAACAUGAGACCAUAAUGCCCAAGGUCCUUUGGAAUGAGGCGUUCUUUCAAGCGUCUGUAGGUAUUCAGCGCCAGACUUCGCGCUGAGUAUCUAUGACUUAUAUAUGUAUAUAUAGUCUGGUGCUAAAUUGAAGUCAUGCCUGAUCGUUAAAGUGAUGUCACUCAAACGAGAACAAAGUUAACUCCAGUAUUGCCACCAAUAUUGGAGGGAAAUUAAUUUCAAAGGCGCCAAACAACGAGCUCGUGAUAUUGUGUCCGCAUAUUUCAAGUAGCCAAAGGCUGCAGUGGACAGACGAGACUCUUCGCUUAAGUCAGGCUGUGAAUUCCAAAGAUUUCCUACGUAUUCGUCUUCGAUUCUCUUGUUCAUCAAAUUGACAGAGAAAUCAUACUCAUUAUUUUUUUUUUUUUUAUAAGAUAAGAUAGAAAUAGACCCAUUUCCACGACCCAUAUACCCACCAGAUGUGUUUACGAGUCGACUCGCAUACCCACCGGCAAAGUACUUGGCUCAUGAGAAAAGGGACGUACUAGAUGUUUUUGAAAGUGAUAUUUAGUUUAAGAACUUGCAGAAAUGUGCCUGCAUGACAGAAACUCUGUACUAUAAACCCAUAAUUAAAAUAAUGAAAUGA